AUGUGUAAGGUUCUGAACACCACCAGUAUGAGUUGCUUUGCCCCGUCCCUGGUAGCAGAGUACCGUCCAGGUCUGGACAUGGUCAAACACGCUGAUGAGUUUGGGUUCAUCUUCAACAACGUCCAGACUCUGCUAGUCUAUAACAACACCAACUUCCUCUACUACCCCAACCCAUACUUUGAACCUCUCAGCACCAAUGGGGUCCUGGAGCAGAAGCCUGGCUCGCCCAUCAUUCUCAAGGUAUGGGAGCUUACUGGAAUUGUAAUCAAUCAAUCAAUCAAUCAAAUGGAUGAAUAAAGCUCUAUAAAUGACAGCACUUAUAUAGCAACCCGGCCUAGACCUAGCAUGUAGAAAUCAAGAGAGGGUUUAAGAUAUUUGAAUGUGCAACCAUAAAACAGAGUUGAAACAAUGUUCAUUCUAUAACUGUAUCAUCAUUACUGCACCAUAACAACCAAUUAUUAUUUUUGGGUGACUUCAUAUUACCUUAGUUGAGCAUUGCAAUGACAAUGUGUGCACAGUACAAAGUGCCCCCCUCCUCUCCCCCCACAGGGCAGAAACCUGGUUCCCCCGGCCUCAGGGGGGGUGAAGCUCAACUACACUGUACUGAUCGGGGAGACCCCCUGCUCAGUCACUGUGUCUGAGACCCAGCUGCUGUGUGAGCCUCCUAACCUCACGGGCCAGUACAAAGUCAUGGUACGUCAAUCAGUCUGUCCAAGUGCACACAUAUCUACACAGAAACACACACUGAAACAGACACUGACAAACACACAGAUGCACACACACACACACACACACACACACACACACAUUCAUACACACACACACACACACUCACACACCCUCUCGUCCUGUCUCUCUUUUCUGUCUCUGUGUGUCAGAGUGUCUGUGAUUUAUUUUCCAUAACGUUUGACCUGUAAACUCCAUUAUUUUUGCUCUCGUGGUUGUUCAUUCAGCUGAGCGAAACAGGUCAAAGACAGAGCAGUGUGACUGGGCUCUAGCUGUCAAAAGGUUCCGCAAGAAUCCACUGCAAUUAUUUCUACUAGUCUUCUCACUUAUUGAGUUCAAGCCCCCGAACUUCACUCUUCACUCUCAUACAUGUCGGGGUGUCUGGGUGCCGGGGUGUCUGGCUGUCUGGCUGUCUGGGUGUGUGUCUAUGCACACUGUGUCUGUGUGCUGUAUGGGUUUAUUUAACUGAAUCUAACUGUUUGUGUUUGAAUGUGUUAAACUCUAUAUACUUUAUGUGUGUACAUAUCAGGUCCAGGUGGGCGGUCUCCACGUGUCUCCAGGGGCGGUCCACAUCCUUUCAGACAGCCUGCUCACCCUGCCCACCAUCGUCUCUAUCGCCGCCGGCGGAGGCCUCCUCCUCAUCAUCGUCAUCCUCGUCCUCAUCGCAUACAAACGCAAGUCGCGGGAGAAUGACCUCACCCUGAAGCGCCUGCAGAUGCAGAUGGACAACCUGGAGUCCCGGGUUGCCCUGGAGUGCAAGGAAGGUGAGUAAGACUUUAUUUAGAUAACCACUAACUAUUAGUAGGCUAUCAGUAACAUUGAAAUGCAUCUAGGGAAAAAUUCAUUGACAUUCAACAAAUUAACCACAGACUAUUAGUUGCAACUCUCACAAACUAUCGUAUACACCAGUGUUCCCAACUCCAGUCCAGUGAGUUUGUCAGGGGCAACAACAAAAAUGUGUGCUGUUGGGGGUGCUCGAGGACUGGAGUUGGAAAACCCUGGUCUAGACUACGGAAGGUCAGUUCAGCCCAGAGUCGCUAUUCAGGUACUCUAGCCUAUAUCCUUAUCCUCUCUCCAUCAACAACAAAGGCAUGGAAUUACAGGUACAGAAACUGAAAUCAGUCUCUCAAAUUGUCUGUGAAGAGUUAAGCAAUUAUGUUUGGUCCUCUUCUGCUCUACACAGCUAUUUUGAGACACUUUGAUUCCAGUUUCCUUGCAGGGCUAAAGACUGAGCUAGCUAGCUGGGCUCCACUAAGGCAUGGUAUAAUCACAUGAAUGACACACAUUGGUAUUUCUGUGUAGUAAAUAAAUUACGGGUGGUAUGUGUUGCAUAAUGUAAUAGAAGUUAUUGUGAAUCUGGGUCAGUGAGUCAGUCUCUGCUAGUUUAGUUUACCCUGUUUGUGACCCUGAUCGUGGCACACUAAAUGCACAUGGUGCUUGUCUAUCGCUCACACACACUGGCUCACACACACACACUGGCUCACACACACACACACACUGACUCACACACACACACACUGACUCACACACACACACUGACUCACACACACACACUGACUCACACACACACACUGGCUCACACACACUGGCUCACACUGACACUGGCUCACACUGACACUCACACUGACUCACACACACACUGACUCACACACACACACUGGCUCACACACACUGGAUCACACUGACACUGGCUCACACUGACACUCACACUGACUCACACACACACGCACACUGGCUCACACACACUGGCUCACACACACACGCGCACUGGCUCACACACUGAUUAAACACAACGUUCUCCUAUGAACACAUUUGUAAUGGCAUAUCAUCUUUAUUUCAUGCUGGCAUUUUGUGUGUGGCAUGUGUGUUUCAGAGUCUGUUGUAAAGGUAUGGUCUCAUUUAAGAUUGUUAGGCAGGCCUUGUUAAAGCCUAAUAAAUCUGUGUUAGUGCUAAGCUCUGCUGCCCUACACACACACACACACACAUACACAUACACACACACACACACACACACACACACACACACACACACACACACACACACAGGCCCCUGGUGGGCCACAAUACAGACAGGGCACACUUCUGUUCACUACACCAACUGACCUCUGAACCCUGGGACCAGAGGGAGGACAGACAAGUUAUGUAUCCCCUCCAGCCAACCUGAAGACAGCUUUUCCACUCAAAAUUACAGCACAUAGAAUAACCCUAACAUACCAAAUUACAGCACAUAAAAUAACCCUAACAUACAGAAUUACAAAGAUGGGACAUAUAGAAGACAUAGUAUACUAGAAGGGUAUAUCUUCCUAAUGUCAUUGUCUUGUUUCUCUGGGUUGUGUCAGGGCUGUGGCAGUGUAGAGAUGGUUCUUAGGGAGGUCUAAUCUAUGUCUGUUGUAGUGCCCAGCUGGGUGGUGUGAGCAGAGCAGAGCAGCACACAGCUGCAAAAGAGCUAAAGCCCUGGACACGUACAGACAGACAGAUACUUUAGGCAGACACACACACAGGCGAGGAGACACACCGAGGGGGUCAUGUUUUAAACAGCAGCUGUGGUCAGGAAGAGUGUAGUGCCCCAAGGGUGGAUUUAGAGGUGCAGCUAGGUACCUGGGUUCUACCAGGGGUGUGUGUCUGAGCCCUGAGCUGGGGUAGCCGGGGUGCUGGGGGGCAGGCUGUAGGCAGGGGGAGAUAUGACUGUGAUUGGCUGUAGAGAGGCUAAGGGGACUCCCUCAGGGCAGAGCAAGGCCUAGCAGGACUCAGUCAGGAAAGGACCAAUUAACUAGCUCUCACCUGCAGCCUCUAACAGCAGAGGACACACAGGAGCUCAGAUACUAUACAGUACCGCCAAUUUACUGGCCACCAGAGGUGUGUGUGUGUGUGUGUGUGUGUGGCUAGUGGGCGUACAUACUAAUGUAUGGCGAUCCAUGGUUUCAGAUCACAAUAAACUAGCAGGUCUGAAGUCAGUUGAUCUAACAGUGCUGCUCAUUUCUCCUCUCUCUACCCCCCUCCUCCAGCUUUUGCUGAGCUGCAGACGGACAUCAACGAGCUGACCAGUGAUCUGGACAGAGCUGGUAUCCCCCACCUGGACUACAGGACCUACGCCAUGAGAGUCCUCUUUCCUGGCAUCGAGGACCACCCUGUUCUCAGAGAACUGGAGGUACGGAGAGAGAGAGAGAUGGAGAGAAAAGUAGAGAAUGAAAAGUAUGGGGGGGGGGGGGGGGAGGGGGGAGAGGGAAGGGGAAAGAGAAAUGAGGAAAGGAGGGAGAGACAGAGUGAGAAAAGGAGAGUGAGAGAGCCCUGCGGCAUGCCCUCCAUAAGCACCACAGUGCCGUGGGUAGACUGAUACCAGUAUGCCGUUCUGCCUCUCUGGCCUCUCUCUCUCUCACACACACACACACACACACAUAGGUCCCAUUACAAGGUCCCGGCGCACGUCUAUUUCACCCACCAGCACGUCCUUCAUCAGGCAUAAUGAAGUGGGUAAUGUCCUGUUCACUGGCAGCCCUGGGACCUCCUCUACUUGGGACAGACUGACUGGAACACACUCAAUACUCUCCCUUUAAUACGCUGGGAUUCUUUAUAGGGGAGUACAGGGUGGGUGUGAGUUGCUGGAUGAGUUGACUUAUUGGGGUACAUAGGAUGGGUUCUAAGCUGAGACCUCUAACAGGACAACGUAUGCAGUCUUAUUAGGGUCAGCCUGUUGACUGUAUGAGUGUGACAUGGUGGGAUAGUGAUGAGAUGUUCAGGGAGGAAUAAAGGUCUAAUAGGAACCGCACAAAGUACUGUAUACUAGAGCCUCACAAUGUCCUUUAUGAUCAACUGAGCAUAAGAAAAGAAAUGGAGUAGUUCUGUCAAGCAUGGAACAAUCUGAAUCUGUAUAAGCAUGUUUAAAGUGGAACUCUUAACACAGAAACGAUGUGUUGUCAUGUGGUAUGUUAACCCUUUGUGUUCUGUCCUGUAUGUCCUAGGUGUCAGGUAACGGUCAGCUGAACACAGAGAAGGCUCUGAAACUCUUCGCUCAGCUCAUCAACAACAAGGUGUUCCUGCUAACCUUCAUCAGAACUCUGGAGCUCCAACGCUCAUUCUCCAUGCGUGACCGCGGCAACGUGGCGUCUCUCAUCAUGACGGCGCUGCAGGGCAAACUGGAGUACGCCACCGACGUGCUCAAACACCUGCUCUCUGACCUCAUCGACAAGAACCUGGAGAGCAAGAACCACCCUAAAUUGUUGCUGCGCAGGUAAGAGACAUACACAUACAUACACAUUUACACAUGCACACACACAGACACAUUAUGCAUGUACGCAGAUACACACACAUCUAUGCACACGCAUACACUCACACAUACUGUAUACACACAUCUGCUGUGGGCAUAAUGGAAGGGGAAGUAGAGAUAGUGGAGGGUGAAAACAGUGGAAGGAUGUUGAUAAAAGGUAGAUGAAGGAGUGUGGAUCAGAGGGGUGCAUUCCUCUACCACUUGUAUUGAUUCCAUUCAUCAAGAUUCAGAAUAAGUCAUUCAUUUACAAUGGCAAGAGAUUCAUUUUUAUCAAACUACUUCUUGAGUAGAAAUAUCCUUUGAAUUAUCAGCUGAGAUAGAGAGUUGUAGUCUCAUCUCUCUCUCUCUCUCUCUCUCUCUCUCUCUCUCUCUCUCUCUCUCUCUCUCUCUCUCUCUCUCUCCUAUCAGUCUGAGAGUACACGACUGUACCACUGUCAGUCUCACUUAUCCGCUGAGCUCUGGCUCCUCAUCAAACAUUCAGCAGCAGCUUCUACUUUACUUUUCUCUUUCUGUCUCCUUCUGUCUCCUAUCUAGAUUGUUUUCCACAGGACUCAGGCCGAUGUGCUAUAUCUUUAAAUAUAGAGUCCUUUUACUUUUACUAGAGUAAUGGCUGCCAUCUUUGUAUUGUUUUAUAGGCGUAUGGAUGGGUUAUCAGGUGACCAGCAAAACUGUCACAGUCCCGCCUUAACCCCAUAUCCAGAGAGAGGGGAGAAGAGAGAGAUGACAGACAGACAGAGAGAGGAGAGGCGACAUACAGAGAGGAAAGAAGAGAGGCGACAGAGAGAGAGAGAGGAGAGAAGAGAGAGGCGACAAACAGAGGAGAGAAGAGAGAGAUGCCAGACAGAGAGGGGAGAGGAGAGAAUAGAACAGACAGAGAGGAGAGAAGAGAACAGACAGAGAGAGGAGAGAAGAGAACAGACAGAGAGAGGAAAGAAGAGAGAGGUGACAGACAGAGAGGCAAAUGGACCUGGAUUAUGCUGUAGUGUUAUUUAAGAUGCCAGCCGCCAGCCCGACGCACGUCUUGCGGUCCCAUAGUUUGUAUUAUCUCCUGUCAUUAGGAACACAAUGGUGUAAUCCACAAGACCUGCUGGUCUGGCCUUCAGGCCUGAAUAUUCCUUUAGUUUUUUAACAUUACGUUCCAUUUCUUCAAAAUCAUUAUAAGGAUUACCGAUUUGACACGCUGUUUGUUUUCUCUUUACGUUUUUCUUGUGGCUCAUUGUGGCACACGUAAGGUUGACUGAGACACAGAGAGGAGCGAGCAGACUCAUAAGCAAAGGAAAUCCUCAUAGGGACUGAAAUUGAGCAUAUGUGUAACCCACAUUAAUGUGUUGUUGUUGUCAUUAAUGUGGAUGGUUGAGGAAUAGGACAGCUCUGUUCUGCUCUGAUUGCAGCUCAUCAAUUAGCAGUUGAUAACAGGAUGGCUGAGCCUGUUAUUAUGUUUAGGCCUGAACUACCUAUUAUUAAUGAAUUAGUCCAUCUCUGCCUUCCAUCUCUUUCUCUCCUGAUGUAGUCUAUGACUGUGUGCCUAAUGGCACCUUUUCCUGAUAUACAUAGGGUGCCAUUUAGGACACAACUAUAGAGAUAAAUCUACACUUCCCUAGGACUUGCCUAAGACCCAUCAGGAGCCUCUACACUACUUUACAUUUGAGUCAUACACUUCCUUAUGGCCCACCAAGAGACUACAAUCAUCCAUCCCAUUCAGCCCACACAGAGAGGCUGCACCCCAAAUGGCACCCUAUUUCCUACAUAGUGCACUACUUUUGACCAGAGCCCUAGGGAAGUGUAGAUAAAACAUGUUUUAUCUCUAUAGUUGUGUCCUAAAUGGCACCCUAUUCCCUAUAUAGUGUGCGACUUUUUCCCAGAGCCCAUAGGGGUCUGGGUGCCAUUUGGGACACAUCCUAUAUGUAGGCCCAUGGCAGUGUACUGUACAGUAUCUGAGGCAGCAGGAGGAGCAGUGGUUCUCUAGUAGUGUAUGACCAUGUAGUAUGAAUUAUUACUGACCGCACCAGACAUGGUUUACACGGUCAGAAAGCGCCACCACACACACAGGAAGUUACCUAGGGCACCUAACCUCCGGCUUCCUGGUCCUCCGGCUUCCUGGUCCUCCAGCUUCCUGGUCUUGUCUCAUUCAUAUUACAUCUUACAGAGGUACACCAUAGUGGGUUGAGAGUGCACUGGUUGACAAGGCCCGCUCUUAGUGAAUGGCUCUAUUUGCUGCCCACGCAUGCAUAUACACACACACACACACACACACACACACACACACACACACACACACACACACACACACACACACACACACACACACACACACACACACACACACACACACACACACACACACACACACACACACACACACACACACACACACACACACACACACACACACACACACACACACACACACACACACACGGCUUUCCUGCCCACUCCGCUGUUAGCAGAAUGCAUUUCUGUAGUACUCACAGUAGAAUGUCCAUAACAUGGACCUGUAGAUAUACAUUUACAUUUUUGUCAUUUAGCAGACGCUCUUAUCCAGAGCGACUUACAGGAGCAAUUAGGGUUAAGUGCCUUGCUCGAGGGCACAUCGACAGAUUUUUCACCUAGUCGGCUCGGGGAUUAGAACCAGCGACCUUUCGGUUACUGGCACAACGCUCUUAACCACUAAGCUACCUGCCGCCCCAUAUAUAUGGUUGACCUCUGAAAGAGGAACCCUUACAACAGGAGCCUUACAGAUGGGAUAUGUGAAAAUAGGCCUCGCAAUAGCUGUCCCGAUGCUUGUAGUGGCUUUCAGUCCUGAAAUACUGUAUAUGUGAAAUAUAUUUAAAGAUAUAUGUGAGCCAAAUGUCUUCUUCAGUGCAUGUCCAUAUAGUUUAGCAGGGUAUACACUGUAUGUAUCUUUGAGGUACUUGACACUGGAAAACAUAAACAUACAAUACACAUAUGCAUAUUAGUGCUGGGAAUUGCCAGGGACCUCAUGAUACGAUAUUAUCACGAUACAUAGGGCUGAGGGGGCUGGGGGCCGGGGGGAGCAGAGCUGAGGGGGCUGGGGGCCCGGGGACGAGGAGGGCUGAGGGGACUGGGGGCCCGGGGACGAGGAGGGCUGAGGGGGCCCGGGGACAAAGAGGGCUGAGGGGGCUGGGGGCCUGGGGAUGAGGGGGGCUGAGGGGGCUGGGGGCCCGGGGACGAGGGGGGCUGAGGGGGCUGGGGGCCCGGGGAUGAGGAGGGCUGAGGGGACUGGGGGCCCGGGAACGAGGAGAGCUGAGGGGACUGUGGGACUGGAACCUUCAUUAUUGAGGCCGUCUCAAGCAGAGAGCUCCAUUGAGAAGAAGAACUGCCACGCUAGCUAGUGCCCCAUCACACCACAGAGAGUGGGAGAGGGAGAGGAUAUGGAGAAGGGGGGAGAGAGGGAGGACAGAGAGGAGGAUGGAGAAGAGAGAUGAAAGCAGAGGGAGAGCCUUGUCUUUAUGUCUACUGUCUACUGGGAUCUACUGGGAUCUUGUAUGAAAGGCGUUUCUGGGUUAACAAGGUGUACUAGACAUGCAGCAGGCAUGCUCACGCCGUAAUUAACAUUUUGUCUGCUCUCUGUGUCUCACACAACUGUUUCUCUUUCAUCACACAUCUACUUUAAGACCAGCUUCACAUCAAUAGGUUCAUACUUUUUUUAUUUAACCAGGUAAGCCAGUUGAGAACAAGUUCUCAUUUACAACUGAGACCUGGCCAAGAUAAAGCAAAGCAGUGCGGAAAAAACAACAACAACACAGAGUUACAUAUGGAAUAAACAAAACGUACAGUCAAUAACACAAUAGAAAAUCUAUAUACAGUGUGUGCAAAUGUAGUAAGUUAUGGAGGUAAGACAAUAAAUAAUUACAAUUAUAAUUCAGUAUUAACACUGGAGUGAUAGAUGUGCAGAAGAUUAUGUGCAAAUAGAGAUACUGGGGUGCAAAUGAGCAAAAUAAAUAACAAUGUAAAUAACAAUAUGGGGAUGAGGUAGUUGGGUGGACUAAUUACAGAUGGGCUGUGUACAGGUGCAGUGAUCGGUAAGCUGCUCUGACAACUGAUGCUUAAAGAUAGUGAGGGAGAUAAGUGUCUCCAGCUUCAGAGAUUUUUGCAGUUCGUUCCAGUCAUUUGCAGCAGAGAACUGGAAGGAAUGGCGAUUAUUAUCUAUUCUUUGUAGAUAUAUAAAUUAUUAUAUGCACUGUUCAAACGAAGGUUUGCUAACUUUAUACUUGACCUGUAACGACAAUUUAUAAUCCUAAAAUACCAUGUAUUGAGCUUAAGAAUGGGCUACUGAAACCUUCUAGAAAUGUCUCUCAGGGAAAGAGCAGGAGCAGAAUCUCAUUGAGUGAAACUGCAUAAUAACCCUGCAUAAUAACCCUGCAUGAUAACCCUGCAUGAUAACCCUGCAUAAUACCCUGCAUAAAACCCUGCAUAAUACCCUGCAUAAUAACCCUGCAUAAUACCUUGCAUAUUACCCUGCAUAAUAACCCUGCAUAAUACCCUGAGGGCAGCGUGAGCUGGGUGGAAAAACAAACCAUGUUGUAUAUUAUGGGAAACCUUGGCACACACACACACACACACACACACACACACACACAGCAGACAUUGACUUCUGUCUUAGGUUAUAUUAUGAGUAUAACGAGGGGGUGGCUGUGAGCUCUCCUGGCUGCCAGAUGCCUUGCAGUUUAUAUGUUAUUAUAUUUUCACAGCAGUUCAGACUACAUUCUACAUUUAAGUCAAUAACCUCUACAACAUCCUAUUAGAACAUAUAGCCUGUAUAGAACAUGUAUUUGAUGUGACUAAUCCAAAUUAGAGAGAGAAGAGGUUCCAUGUACGGCCCAGAGAUACAGGCAAUGGUACAUCAACAAGCCAUAGUCAUGGCUUUAUAUAUAUGAAGUAUAUUCAUACUCCCCAUGUUGUUUUGAGGAUCCUUUUGGAUUCUGAGAGUAUGCGCUCCACAUUAAUAAUGUAGGUCUUAAUACUGUAGGUCUAAAAGUGUUGUUCCCCUCCCUGACUUGUAGUGGAGUCUGUCUACCCGUGAGAGUCUACAGCACAAACAUUAGAUGGUUUUUCCCCUAAAAGCAUUCUGAACAUGGUAUCUACGUUUUGACAAUCUGUUGACUUUAAACUACUUACCUUUCCAUUUUAAUUUGUUAAUCUGCUUUUAAAACUUUUAGUCAGAAAAUUUUUUGGUUGUAAGUUUGUUUCGCUCUUUCAUGUUCUCUUUCUGUGUUUCUCUCUCUUUUUCUCUGUUUCUUUCUCUCUCUUUUUCUCUUUCUUUCUCUCUCAUUCUCUCCAUCUCUUUACCUAGCUUUAUCCCUUUUUUUUUCUCUAGAGACAUCCUUCAUAAGCCUUCUGUACUCUAUAAUGAUAAUUACCUGGAUAUGUUGCAUUGAUCUCUCACUCCAUCCUCUGUCCCUCUCUCUUAAAGCUUUCUGUUUUCUCUCACUCUUCCUCCAUUUUUAAAUGGAAAGACAGAACAGUAGCAAGUUUUCUAUCGCCUUGAGUCUUUUCACUCUUUUUUUUCUCUUCAGCGUUUUUCUAAUGAGAUUCCCGUCCAUGCGGAGCGCUGCUAGAAUAGAAUGGCUUAUUAGGGAACUAGAAUGUUGUGUUUAGCACUAUUCCAUUCUAAAGACAUUCCACAGCCUACUAAUCGGUCCCCCUCAACCUAUUUACCAGCAUCAAGCCCCAGUCUUAAUGCACAGUUGGAAAAUGAUAAUCCUGAUCUUCAUUAAUGGAACUCAACUAAAAGAGCGAGGGAAGUGGAUGGAGAGAUGGGGGAGGAGGAGGGAAACAUAGUGAGGAGUCUCAGUGAACCAUUGAAAGGCAGAGGACAGAUAUUAAGGAGCCCCAACAUGGCACCGCACAAAAGCCUUUAUUUGACUUUCCUUCUAUGGGGACUUGCUGGGCUUAUUAAAACUCUUAAUAGCUUCCAUUAACUUAUUGUUAUACACUCCACUCUGAAUCAGAGGAGGGGCAAUGAGGGGGAGGGGAGGGGGGAUACUUCUCUGUGGAGGAGAGAGGGGAGCAAUUAUGCAGGGUAUGUGCACUUUGUCCAAAAACACAAUAUUUGUAGGUUUAUUCAGCUUCAAAACAGAGUAUGGAGGGUCCGUAUUGAUUUUGAGGAUGAAGACUUAGUAAAGAGUAGUAGUAGUGAUGAGAGAGGCAGUAGGUGGAUGCACGUGUGUGUGUGAGUUGGUGUGUGUAUCAGGGGUUGGAAUCUAAGUUAUUUUCCAAUCGUUCUGUUCCCCUAUUGUUUUUGUUCUGACCAGCAUAAUGAAGUUCUGAACCGGUUCCAACCCAAAAAAAGGAACGGUUCAAAUAGUUCCUUUUCGUACCUUUUUUUACUCUUGAAAUCAACAUACCUUUUACAUUGAGCUUAUUCAUUUACCAAUUAGGAUAGAACAGCUUGCUAUGAAACGGUAAGCUACUUGUUUACGUUUGAUUGGUUAAUAAGUGCAGGCGGGAGAUGCGACUGAAAUUUCAUGGGUGGGAAGAGAGCGAGAGAGACGCGUGGAUAUGGAGGGGGCUUGGCUUGAGGUGCUGAACAUCAUGACAUGACGUGAGUUGGAAUGUAUUUAGGCUAUUACUAGCAUCAUAACUUCACUGAAUUAUAAACUAGACAUUAUUAACCGGUUCUCAAGAUUUGAAAAUAACGGUUCUGUUUUGGAACACUAGAGAUCACUUUCGUUCCCUGUUCUGGUUCUGUUUCUCCCCCAAAAAAUAUUUUAGGUUCUGUUCCCUCAACCGGUUCCAACCCCUGGUGUGUAUAGAAGAGGGCACAAUCAUACAAUCAUACACACUUCGGCUGUCAGUAGUGCCUCUUCCUCUCAUCCUGCAGCUGAAAUGGGGUGAACAAAACUCCAUCCACCUUCCAUCAACCUCGUGCAUCCCACUUCAAAUAACCUGUCACAGAGCGAGAGCUCCAGCCCAUCCUAGCAAAUCCCUCUCCUCUCCUCAGCCCUGUACACCACUGUUACACGUUACAGCCCAGCCACCAUUUCCCCGCUUGCAGCCCAACGUAAUCAUAGUCAUUUCCCGCCGCAUUAAGAGGGUCAUUUUCGCAAUGCCGCACAAAGUAAAUUGGCAACAGGCUCCUGUAUGGCCCUGUAGCUGAUGGUGGUGGAGAGAGGGGUCUGAUGUGUGUGUGUGGGGGGGGGGGGGGGGCGAGCCGUUGACAGUCGUGAUAUUGUAAAGCACAGUGGUUCUCAGAGUACUCAGAAACACACACAUACACACACUCAAGGGUACUCUGAUUGGGGACAAUAAUGCUAGUAGCAUGUCCAGGUGGGAGCUGAGGUAAUUACAUAGUCACGCUAUCACACAGUUGGACAAUAGUCAAUGAAGUGUUUGUGGGGAGAGGAGAAGCUUAGGCUGGUGAUGUGGAGAAAGAACGGAGUCCGAGGAGGAAGAGAGUGUGUACUUGUGCUUUCCCAGCACGGUUAGCCCAGCUCUCAGAAGAUGAAGCAUUGCAGUGUUGGUAUUCAGGAGUAGUACUGUUGGUCCUCUGGAGGAGGGAGGGGGAGAGAGCGAGAGAAAGAGAGAGAAAGAGAGUAACCCUUUCAUCUAUUGUUUAUGCUACUGUCUGGCUGCUUUUUGUUCUCUUUCUCAUUCCCCCUCUUUCUACAGUUUUUUUUGUCUUCUAAUAAGUCCAUCGUUUUCUGAGUCUGCCCUGAAAUGAUUUUGGAGCUAUUUGGGAAAGCAACAUCAGCAUAAAUAAAAUAUGUUGAAUGGCGAUCCAAACUAAAUAAAUCUUAUUUUCACUCCUUCUUCAGAACGGAGUCCGUUGCAGAGAAGAUGCUCACCAACUGGUUCGCCUUCCUUCUUCACAGGUUCCUCAAAGUGAGUCUAAUGCAAUCUCAAGUUUACCAGUUUUAGUAAACCAGGGUUUUUAUAAGAAGUGUCAGUUAGAAUAUAUUUGAUAUCCUUAAUCGAUAUGUGUUUUCUCUCUAUCUCUCUCUCUCCCCGACCUCUCUCUCUCGCUCCAGGAGUGUUCUGGUGAGCCUCUGUUCAUGCUGUACUGUGCCAUCAAGCAGCAGAUGGAGAAGGGGCCUAUAGAUGCCAUCACUGGAGAGGCCCGCUACUCCCUUAGUGAAGACAAGCUCAUCAGACAGCAGAUAGAGUACAAAACCCUGGUCAGUACCACUCAGGCAAUCACACACAAAGACUGAUACACACUGAUACACAGAUUCUACUGACUCUACAUACCCUAUAUUUCAGACACACACACACACACACACACACACACACACACACACACACCAUCAUGUUUUGCUUCCCUCAGUGUCCUGAAUAGCUAAUGACCCUAGCUAGUGCCAGUCCUGCUCCAGCAGGAGAGCAGGGGUUUGUGGAGACAGUCAGUCACAGUCAGGACAUGACAACGCUAGCUCUGAUUGCUUUGACAGGGAACUGGGCUCAUUAUUCUGCUAAUACCCCACCAAAGCUGUAGAUUGGUGUCCUGCGGAAGGUGUGAAAUUAGAUUUUGGGAUGGUGGCGGGCAUGGAAAUCUCCUAAAGCCCCCUCCACGCUCCUGGCUGAUGCUAAUGAGAGAGGUCUCCAGAGGGAGGGACGUCUGGAACGUGACAGGACCCCACACACACACACACAUACACACAUACACACACACACACACACACACACACACACACACAGAGCAUGCACACACACAAGCGUUUAAACACACACACAGGCGUUUAAACACACACACACAGGCGUUUAAACACACACACAGGCGUUUAAACACACACACACAGGUGCUGACACAUACAAAGACACACACACACCCCCUGACCACCUCUCCUCUCCUGUAGAUCCUGAACUGUGUGAACCCGGACAAUGAGAACAGCCCUGAGAUCCCAGUGAAGGUGCUGAACUGUGACACCAUCACCCAGGUCAAGGAAAAGAUACUGGACACCUGCUAUAAGAACAUGCCCUACUCACAGAGGCCCCGCGCUGUCGACAUGGACCUGGGUAAGAUAGAGAGACACACACGAUACACACACAAAGGUGAUGAGACACACCUACACCCUCCCUAGUCUGUGGCCUGCCUGACCCAGGUAAGAGCUGACAGAGCCCCCCACUCCACCCCAGCCCUAGACCCAACACCGCCUCUUUCACCUCUCCUCUACUUCCUUCUCCUCCUCCUCCCCAUCUUCUCAUGUGCUCUCCCUUCACACCAAUGUGAGAGAAACAAUAACCUCCCGUCAGAGGUGCUAAUCACCCUUCAACUACACUGGCAACAACAACAGGAGACUAUCUCUCACUCUCCAUAUCACUAUCACCUAGGUAACACUAGGGGGGGGGGGGGGUGGCGGUGGUCUCCGGGCAGAACUAACUGGGGGGGGGGGGGGGGGGGGCACUGCUGGCAGUGGCACAAAGUAAUACAUUCCAGUCAACAGAGUAGAAAAAUCUAAUGAUCGCUACACGGUGCCCGACACUGCCCAUCCAUUUCCAUAUCAACACCCUUAUUAUAAUUUUAUUAUCAGACGAAAAGCCGUCAAUGUGCCCCAUCUACUCCCCCCUCCUCUUCCCCCUCUCCCCUUUCGCUUGAGUCACUUUUCUGGAAAGGAUACGAUUUUCUCUCUUAGUCCUUCUCCUGCAUGCAUUUUUUCCCACCAUGCCGACAUAAGUAGCACUGACACAAAUUACGCCGGUGAGGCUGACUGUGUAUACAUAUUGAAAUUGUUUGUGUGUGAUGUUUAAUUAAAAUGCACGUCAAUCCGGGCGGGCGUCAUCUCUCUCGUUACCUAGUGGAGUACAGAGUGCUCUCUCUGUGAGUCUGUAGAACAGAACUGCACAACGAAUGGCUGUUGAUAUGGCUUCAUUUGGAUAAUGUGUUUUCUCAAGAGUCCUUUGGAAGCUUGUGAUGUAUGUGUGCCUCUCCUCUCCUCAGUGACACCAGGGCAAAUGAAGACGCAGUCAGAGAAUAGCUUAAUGUUUUUGUCUCAUCUUGCUUGAGGAAGUAAUGGCUAUUAUAAACUGGGUGGUUCGAGCUCUGAAUGCUGAUUGGCUGAAAGCAGUGGUAUAUCAGACCGUAUACGACGGGUAUAACACAAAAUAACGUUUUACUGCUCUAAUUACAUUGGUAACCAGUUUAUAAUAGCAAUAAGGCACCUCAGGAGUUUGUGGUAUAUGGCCAAUAUACCACGGCUAAGGGCUGUAUCCAGGCACUUCAUGUUGCAUCAUGCCUAAGAACAGCCCUUAGCCAUGGUAUAUUGGCCAUAUACCACACCUCAUCAGGCCUUAUUGCUUCACCCUUAGAGACAAACAGAUAUGAUUGUCAAUCUCUUUAAACAGUAGACCAGUGUUGUUCAGUCGUUUGAAUUGGCUCACACCACAUAAAAAAGGCAUUACUGUAAGAUGGAAAGGCUUCAAUAGUGGAUGGAUAACACAGACUAGAGAGUAUCAAAUCAAAUCAAAUCAAAUUUUAUUGGCCACAUGUGCCGAAUACAACAGGUGCAGACAUUACAGUGAAAUUAGUAUGUAUGUAUGUUCUUGUGUGUGUUGGUGUGUAUGUCUGCAUGUGAUUGUGUUACUGGUAGUGUGACUGAUGCAUCAUCUCUUCUCUCUGGUCCCGUCAGAAUGGCGUCAGGGGCGGAUGGCUCGCGUGGUGCUGCAGGACGAGGACAUCACCACCAAGAUAGAGAACGACUGGAAGAGACUCAACACACUCAUGCACUACCAG